UUUUCAUCCCCAAAGCCGCACUCCGUUUCCGUUGAUUUUCAUCUCCUCUCUUGUCGAGCUUCAAACUCAAACAUGGCUGAAUCAACUCACAACGGAACAACCAAUGGAGCAGCAGCGGAAGCGGAAACGGAAGAAGAAGAUUAUAUGGGGGACCUCUCUCGCUUCCUCCCUCUUGAAAACUCCAUCUCUGUGAACUCUUUAUCCCAAAAGAUAUCCAUCAAUAGAACCCAACCUGUUCAAUCCUCCAAGAAGCAAUCCAAAACCCUAAGCUGGCAAGAACGGCGUAGACUUGAAAGAGAACAAAAGCAACAAGAAGAGGAUGAGCAGACCUUAGCAAAUGUGGAGGCCCCAAUCCCACAAUCCAACAUUGGAUUCAAGCUUCUGAAGCAAAUGGGCUACACUCCUGGUUUGGCCCUAGGUAAGGAGAAGUCUGGCAGGGCUGAACCAGUGGGAUUUGAGAUUCGGCGAUCACGAGCUGGGAUUGGCCGAGAGGACCCCCACAAAGAAAAGAGAAAAAAGGAGGAGAUUGUGACUGAGAAGAAAAGGAGAAAGGAAGAGGUUUUGAUGGUGGAGUUUGGAUGUAGGCAGAAGUUGCAGUGGAGGACUCGAAAAGUCGUAGUUAAUUUCAAAAAAGCAAAGGCUGCUCUUGAUCAAUUGGAGAAUAAGGAAGUUGUGGAGCCUAAGAAGAAUGAGGAUGAGGAGGAGGGUGAACAGGAGGAAGACGAAGAGGAGGAGAUAACGGAAGAGGACUUGCUAGAUAUAUUGAUGAAACUCAGAGAUGAACAUCAGUACUGCCUCUUCUGUGGAUGUCGGUACGAAUCAAUGGAGUCUUUGUUGGCCAACUGCCCUGGAACUGAUGAAGACGACCACUGAACUAGGAGUUCCUAGCUUACUUCUCCUAUGGCACGAUGAGAUCAGUGAAAACAAGGUUCCAAUACGCAAUGUUAUCCAGGAUUGUCAUCAAGGAUGAGAUCUGCAGUGGAAACAAGAUUUUCAAGAGGGAUUUUAUCCAAGGUUGUCAUCAACGAUUAGAUCUGCAUACCGUGUAAAAUUCUUCCAUUCUUCCACCAUUCUAUCAUUUAAAGGAUAGAGAACCAUAGGUAAAAAGGUUGAAGAAUAUGCUGAAUUCUCUCAUGGAUCAGUUGUGCGUGUAUUUAGGAUCUCAGGCACUAACUAAUAUGACGAUAUUGUAUAGAAAGGUGGACGAACUUGAUCUAUAUAUCGAGGAAAUUAAUAAAUUUAUGUUGGUCUA